GAGCGCGGCUCACCGGGCCCGGCCGGAACUCGCCGACCCACCGGCGGAUGUGUCGGUGGAGCGGGCACUUCCGACCUGCAGUGUCUUUAGACCCGCUCAUCGGUACUUGAGGGCGGGGGAGGGUCAGUGUUCCUCAGAGUCAGGAGCUAUAGUCCAGGGAAUGGUGCAUGUGAACAGCGACAAUCAGUCGUCCUCUUCAGGCCGCUCGUGAGCCUCUCUCCCUCUCUGCCUGCUCCGCCCCUCAGGGUACUGGGAACUCCAGUCUUCUGGGUGACACUCCUUAGUGUCCCUGCGUGGGUUCAUAUACCCAGGCUUUAUUUAGAGCCGGGAUAUCCUUGAUGACUUCAGUUUUCUGUCUCACAAGUAUCCUGCCGCUCGUUUUGUGACCUCCAGCUUUAGUGGGCAGUUCUGUGCCGUUUUGCGGUCUUGUCAGAGGAUAGCUUCACUUUCAAUGGAAUUGCUCCAGUGACUGCCCUGUGUUGUGUAAACACGUCCUUUGUACUUCGUCUGUUAUGCCCUGUGUUGAGUGUUUUCUUGUGUCGAAAACUUUACCCGAUCAAGGGAAAAAUAAAAAGCUCAAGUAAAAUCACCUGUCUGCUAGACUCCAAUUAGAGAGAGCCUUUCCCUGAGCUGAGCUCAGGAUGGAGGCAUCCUCUAGAAUCCUCCCAGCUUUGACUGGCCAGGCUUCAGAAGAACAACAGGAGAUUAUCAAAGUAAAAAUUAAAGAAGAAGACCAUAUUUGGGAUCAGGAGUCCUACCUAUCUAGGAAUUUGACUCAUAUGAGGGAGUUUUCUCGUCAGCGCUUCAGGCAGUUUUGCUAUCAGGAGACACCUGGGCCCCGGGAGGCUCUGAGUCAACUGCGAGAACUUUGCGGUCAGUGGCUGAGCCCAGAGAUACAUACCAAGGAGCAGAUCCUGGAAUUGUUGGUGCUGGAGCAGUUUUUGACCAUCCUGCCUGAGGAGCUCCAGGCCUGGGUGCGGGAGCAUAGUCCUGAGAAUGGAGAGGAGGUGGUGACUGUGUUGGAAGAUUUGGAGAGAGAGCUUGAUGAACCUAGACAGCAGGUCCCACAGGGCACAUGUGGGGAGGGAAUUCCUGUGGAAGAAAUGACCCCUCUGGAUUCUGCAGAGGAAUCCUUAGGCACCCAGCCUCACUGUAUGGAAGACAGAAUGGAAUGUGAAUCUCCAGAGCCAUACCUGCUUCAAGAUAAUGGGUCAUUUUUGUGGCUUUCCAUGUCUCAAAACAUGGGUGAUGAUAACCUUAGCAGCUUAGAUACUAGUGAAGCAGAAAUUGAACCAGAAGACAUGAGAGAAAAAUUCUUCAGAAGCUUAGCAGUUUUACUAGAAAACAAAAGUAAUAAUACUAAGAUAUUUUCUAAAGCAAAGUACUGUCAGUUGAUAAGGGAAGUGAAAGAAGCUAAAGCUAAGGCAAAAAAGGAAUCAGUUGACUACCGUCGCUUGGCUAGGUUUGAUGUGAUCCUUGUACAAGGAAAAGAGAAGCUGAUUGAGGCUGUAAAUGGGGAAACAGACAAAAUACGGUAUUACUUACACAGUGAGGACCUAUUUGACAUUCUCCAUGAUACACAUCUCAGCAUUGGACAUGGUGGACGCACUCGCAUGGAAAAAGAAUUGCAAGCAAAAUAUAAGAACAUCACAAAAGAAGUUAUAAUGCUAUACUUGACACUCUGUAAACCAUGCCAACAGAAAAAUUCAAAACUCAAGAAAGUUCUAACAUCAAAACCAAUUAAGGAAGUUAAUUCAAGAUGCCAAGUAGAUCUUAUAGACAUGCAAUUGAAUCCUGAUGGGGAGUAUAAAUUUAUCAUGCAUUAUCAAGACCUUCGUACAAAGUUAAGUUUUUUGCGGUCAUUAAAAUCUAAAAGGCCUAAGGAAGUUGCACAUGCUCUUUUAGAUAUUUUUACAACUGUUGGCACACCCAGUGUCCUACAAUCUAACAAUGGGAGUGAAUUUUCAAGCCAGAUUGUCAGUGAACUUAGUAAUAUUUGGCCAGAAUUGAAAAUUGCCCAUGGGAAGCCUCUGACCUGUCAAAGCCAAAGUUUGAGAGAACAGACUAGUGAGGACAUUCAAAAGAGGAUUUUCUCCUGGAUGCAAACUAACAACUCAUCACACUGGGCUGAAUUUUUGUGGUUCAUUCAGAUGACCCAAAAUCAACCCUUUCACAGAGGCAUGCCACAGACUUCAUGUGAAGGUGCAUUUUGUUCUGAAACUAGCCUGGGCUUGUCCCAUUCUCAGUUAACUGAAGAACUCGUUGCCAGCCUGCACACAGAAAAUGAAUUAGAUCAGGCCAACAAAGAGUUAGAAAAUACUCUAAGAGCCAAUUAUGAAGAAGACAUUGAGACUGGAACAGAUAGUAGUGAUAUUGAAGAGAAUCCUUCUACUACUCCUACAUUGGCUGGAAAAAGCCCUUCUGAGAGCAGACUAAGAUUUUUAUCCUGCGUAGUUUGUGCAAAAGAGUGCACAGGUGCUAAUAGUUGUAUAUCAUGCGAUGGAAAUAUCCAUGCAAUCUGUGGAGUGCCCUGGCAACAUGAGUCUGAGGACUGUGGUCAGCAAAUAACUUGUAGUCUUUGCUAUGAAACGAGUACGAUGAAAAGGAAACAUGAUGAGAUUCAAAGAAGUUUGCCUGUUCAACCUUCCAAAAUGCUAAAGCCGUCAGAGACAUCGUUUUCACCACACAAAGUAGGAGAUUGGGUGACAAAACAAGCUUCAAUGGACUUUUUUGUUAAGAAAAGACAUACCUUUUCUGAAUACAGCAGUGAUCAUAAAAUCAAUAGUAACAAUAGAAGGCAACCUGAAGAAAGGAAAACCAAAAGAAUUCGUACUACUUUUACUCGGAAAUACGAUCCUUCAUAUAUUGAAUUUGGUUUUGUAGCUAUAAUUGAUGGUGAAGUGCCAAAACCACAGUGUAUCAUUUGUGGAGAUGUACUGGCUAAUGAAGCAAUGAAACCAUCAAAACUUAAGCGACAUUUAUAUUCAAAACAUAAAGAAAUUAGUUCACAACCAAAAGAAUUCUUUGAAAGAAAGAGUAGUGAAUUAAAAAGCCAACCAAAGCUGGUGUUCAAUGAUUCUCAUAUAAAUGUUAGUGCUUUGCGGGCAUCGUAUAAAGUAGCACUUCCAGUUGCUAAGUCUAAAACACCAUACACAAUUGCCGAGACACUGGUGAAAGACUGCAUCAAGGAAGUUUGCUUGGAAAUGUUGGGUGAAUCUGCAGCCAAGAAGGUAGCUCAAGUACCACUUUCCAAUGACACCAUAGCUCGACGUAUUCAGGAACUGGCUAAUGAUAUGGAAGACCAACUUAUAGAACAAAUAAAGCUAGCAAAGUAUUUUUCUUUGCAACUUGAUGAAUGCAGAGACAUUGCGAACAUGAUUAUUCUUUUAGUCUAUGUGAGGUUUGAACAUGAUGAUGAUAUAAAGGAAGAAUUCUUUUUUUCUGCCUCUUUGCCUACAAACACAACUAGUUCAGAACUGUAUGAAGCUGUGAAGAAUUACAUUGUUAACAAAUGUGGUUUGGAAUUUAAGUUUUGUGUAGGAGUAUGUUCUGAUGGUGCAGCUUCAAUGACAGGAAAACAUUCUGAAGUGGUUACUCAGAUAAAGGAACUUGCACCGGAAUGUAAAACAACACAUUGCUUCAUUCAUCAAGAAAGUCUUGCUAUGAAAAAAAUAUCAGCUGAACUAAAUAGUGUGCUUACUGACAUAGUAAAAAUUGUGAAUUACAUAAAAUCUAAUGCAUUAAAUUCAAGAUUAUUCUCUUUAUUAUGUGAUAAUAUGGAAGCUGAUCAUAAGCAGCUAUUACUGCAUGCUGAGAUACGGUGGUUGUCACGGGGAAAAGUUCUGUCAAAAAUGUUUGAAAUACGAAAUGAACUCUUAGUGUUUUUGCAAGGCAAGAAACCUGUUUGGUCCCAACUUUUUAAAGAUGUGAAUUGGACAGCCAGACUUGCUUACCUUUCUGAUAUCUUCAGUAUUUUUAAUGAUCUUAACGUUUCUAUGCAAGGAAAGAAUGCAACAUGUUUUUCAAUGGCAGAUAAGGUUGAAGGACAAAAACAAAAGUUAGACGCUUGGAAAAACAGAAUUUCUACAAAUUGUUAUGAUAUGUUUCAUAAUUUAACAACAAUUAUAAAUGAAGUAGGUAAUAAUCUUGAUAUUGCACAUCUGCGAAAAGUUAUCAGUGAACAUCUUACAAAUUUGUUAGAAUGUUUUGAAUUUUAUUUUCCAUCAAACGAAGAUCCACGCAUAGGAAACUCAUGGAUCCAAAAUCCAUUUCUUUCAUUAAAAGGUAAUUUAAAUUUAACUGUAACUCUACAGGAUAAGUUGUUGAAGCUGGCAACUGAUGAAGGAUUGAAAACAAAUUUUGAUAAUACAGCAUCACUUCCUUCAUUUUGGAUAAAAAUUAAAAAUGAGUAUCCUGAGCUUGCUGAGAUUGCUUUAAAAUCUCUUCUUCUAUUUCCCUCAACAUAUCUCUGUGAGACCGGGUUCUCUACUUUAAGUGUUAUUAAAACAAAACAUAGAAACAGUUUAAAUAUACACUAUCCCUUGAGAGUAGCAUUGUCGUCAAUCCAACCUAGAUUAGACAAAUUAACAAGCAAGAAGCAAGCUCACUUAUCACAUUAAAAACUUUAAAUAUUGCUAUAUAAGGUGCAUAUAGGCAUUGAGUGUGAGGAAUUUGCUAUUUCACUUUAAACUUUCUGUCCACUUAAAAUUAUGGAAGUAAAAAUAGUUAUAAGUGAAAUAGCUUAUUCUAUAUAAACUGCCUAUAUGUGCACUUUCAAUGAAGAAUGUUUACAAUUUUUAUAAUCUUUUAUUUUUUCUUGUUAUACUUAUCAUAUCUAUUAAAUAGAAUUUAAGACUGUUGGUUCUAAAAUUAAAGAAUUUG